UGGUCUUUCCGAGUCGACGAUAUGUCAAGUUUGACACUUAAUGUUUUAGCCAUACUGAUCUCUGCAGUAGUUUAUAGCUAUGCAGAAAACUCCACUAAUUCCAACUUAACAAAAUGCCUGUCAAGUUUAAAUGAAGUUGAACGUGAACUUUCUUCUAAAAUCCCACCAUUGAAAGGAUUAACAUCAGACAAUUGGAGGAAUAUUUCAAGAGCCCUAUUCCCAGCACUCACUCAGAAUCAACCGUCGUUGUAUAUCAAAGUAACCCUACGAAUCAUCAGUAAUCAGACUGUUUACGAAGUCAAAAAGUUUACUUGGGCUGAAAGUUGUGCCUUUGUAACCGACGUCUUUAUUGACGCAGCGACAGUAUUUUCUUUGGGAACACUAUGGCCACAGCGAAGGCAAGCUGAAUUGGACUUGACAGUGCAUCGAUUGUGCAACAAGUCACAAAUAUUGAAGGAGAAUGGUUUCAAAGAUGAAAACGAAGCGUGGAGAUACGUUCUUUUAACGUUACAAGAUAUUGCCAUACUUCCAAAUUUGUCUGACCCRCGAGUCAACACAGCMCAAUGUGUGGUAGUUGGUCAUGAAGGAGAUGUKGAACAACCAAUUGUAUGUCCAGACUGGAAUAACUGGAGAGGCAUCUGGAUAUMUGUAGCUUCUGUCGCAUCUACAAUUGUCAUUUACUUGUUUGCAAAAAAAUUGUUUGAUAGUCAAGAAAUGAUUUUGUUUUCAAGAACAUGCAUAGUCUUAAGUUUGUCUUGUUUCAUAUUGAUGGUAGCUGAAUUGUUGUACAUUGCCUACUUAUUGAUUUCUGAAAUGUCAAAAGUUCGUUUCAGUCAUUUGUAUUUUAAAAUGUUAGGCAUUUUCCUUUAUAUACUUUCAUAUUUCAUAUUCUUAUUCAUUCCUUUUUGCAAGUGCUGUAAGAAAUUUCAUAUAUCCUUCAAUGAUCAAUGUGUGAAUGAAUGUAAUCAGUAUGGUUCCUGCAGCUGUAAAAAAAUCCCUAAAUGGGUACGUAAAUGUGAUUCUGAAUGCAAGUGUAAAAAACAACCUAAAUAUUUGAAAAUAUUGGGAAAGCUGGGAUCAAAAUUUAUGCUUGCAUGCACUUAUCAGAUUGUUUACCAUUUGUUGUGGGUAUUUUGUGGUGGAAUACCAGCUGAUCCUUCCUGGGCUCUACCUAUGUUUCUGUGUGAAUGUGUUAUUGUCCUGGCUUUUUUCUUUGGAAUAUAUAUUUACUUUGAAUCGAAGAAUUCCCACCCUGUGUAUAGUGCAUGUGCUGCAUGUGUUGUCAUGGUAACAAUAGGGUUUUCAUUUUAUGCCUCAAAAGUUGAUGAAAAAAUAGGAAAUGUUUUAGUUAUUGCAAUUCCAGCUGUAUUGCUGUGGUUUUAUAAGGAUUCUGGGAGUUCAACUACCAAGUCAAAGCCUGAGUCAAACCCGAGUCGUGAGACACCUGUCUGAGUCCAAAUAAAAUAAAGUAUAAGAUAAAGAAGUAAAAACAUAUUUUGGGCAGGAAGAACUGACAAAUAUUGUUUCUAUUUAUAUGUCGGAUUUGUUAAUAGAGUGGCUUUCGCACAAUUAAAAAAAUUUUCAUUCACAUGUUAAAUGACUAUUAUAUCACAAUAUGCUUUAUAGUAGGGUAGAGUUAGUAUAAUUAUAUAAAUUAUAGAAUAAUUUUUACUUCAAUUGUAAAUCAGAAUAUGUAUGGAUUUAAUAAAUAAAAAAAACAUUGAAAUUGUUC